CAGAAUCACGGCAUGGGUCGCGUGCCGGUGACUCACGGGCCCAGGUCACAUUGAGCUGACGCCCUGUAGGCAGCCAGAGCACCAUGGCUGUCCAGUAUCCCAUCAUUUUGCUGCCCUUGUUCCUCCCCAUCGCAGUGACACAUGAAGAUGGCUGGUCUAUGAAGGUUCCCCCAGAGGUGAGGGCAAUGGAGGGCUACCCUGUGGUGCUGCCCUGCUCGUUCUCGCACCCGCGACACGAGCAGCACUCCUCCAUGCUGGUGCAGUGGCGCCUGGGCCACGGCCCUGCUGGAGUGGUACUCUUCCAGUGCGCCAGCCACAACAACAGCCGCUCCUGCCAGCCUGAGGGGCACCAGGACCAGCGCUACCGCCUGGAGGGCGACCCGCGCCAGCACGACCUGUCGCUCCGGAUCAACAGCGCCGCCCUGCAGGAUAGUGGCCACUACUACUGCCGUGUGGAGGUGCCUGGUCACCCGCAUGCCAGCUUCCAGAACAAGAGGGGCAUGCACCUACGGGUGGAGGCUGCCCCACAGAUCCUGGCAUUGUCAGUAGAGGGCAGCGAGGAGUCAGGCUACAGUGCAGUGUGCCGGGUCCAAGGCUCGCCCCUCCCGGAUGUGCAGUGGAGCAGCCCUGAGCACCCCCGGGACGACCCCCCGCUGACCUUGCUCUCGCAGGCGGAUGCCAGCCAGCACCACACCUCCAGCCUACUGCGCGACGUCCACCCCGGGCACCACUACACCUGUGCCGCCUCCAACCCUCUGGGAAGAGAGCAGGCCACCUUGUUCCUCCUGCAGCCCAGCCCUCUACAGGCCUCCUCUGGACCUCCUCACCUGCUCCUGCUUCUCUCGCUCUCACUGGGGGCCAAGGUGCUGCUCUUUCUGGGCUGGGUUGCUUGGCUGCUUUGGCGGCAGUGGCAGUGAUAUAAUGUGCUCUCGUUCUGAAACUUGGGGCCUGGCCAUCCUGGUACCCCAGUGAGCUCUGAUUAUGUUUCCUGAGUUAAGUCAUGGCCCUCUUGCAUCAGUUUGAGCGGCUCAGCUAAAAGGGAAGCCAUUGUAGCGAUGAGGCGGUGUUGGGCUCCCCCUGGUGUCUCCAGGCUGCCACUGCAUGUAUGCUAAAUACAAGUACAAGCAUAAAUCAUACCUAAUCCUGCUUGGUUCAAGUGUAUGCAAAAUGGUCUUUUAAUUGGGGUAGCAGAGCCCUAUGCCAGUGGCUCACUAUAUCCAGAGUAGGCAUGUUUGUCUUGAUUUAAGAUAAUAAAGUGGAAUGAAGAUCUCACACAGAGG